UCCAGACUCCACCGCACGGCGCCUCAGGGCCUCACCCCACUCGUCGUCUUCCCCCCUUCCCGCCGUUGUGGAGAGGCGGCGGCCCGCUGCUAGUUCCCGCCGCUUCCGGAAGGUUCGGCCCCUCGGUUUUCGCCGGUUCGGAGGAGGGCAGGUUCGGCUGCCACGAUGUUCUCCAGGAUCUCCCAGCUCGGGGCGCGGCUUCUGCGCGAGACUAGAGCUGGAAACUUUUCUAGCAGUGGAAAUAGUUUAUAUCAAGGUCAGUUCAGCAGUUUAUAUCGAGGUCAGGCCAGCCGGCAUUCGACCCCAGUGAGGAACACCCUCUUUUCAACGGCAGCUAGUGGUGAUCAUGAUGAAAAGAGUCAGGACAAGGAGAAAAUAUCUGUAACAUUUGUCAACAAGGAUGGCACAGAGCAGACCAUCCGUGUUCCUAUUGGAAUGUCCAUGCUGGAAGCUGCUCAUGAAAAUGACAUAGAACUUGAAGGAGCGUGUGAAGGUUCACUUGCCUGUUCUACUUGUCAUGUCAUAGUUAUGGAUGUAAAUUAUUAUAACAAGUUAGAAGAUCCAGCAGAUGAAGAAAAUGAUAUGCUUGAUCUUGCAUUUGGGCUCACAGAAACAUCACGUCUUGGCUGCCAAGUGAUAGCGAAGCCUGAACUUGAUGGCAUGCGACUGGCAUUACCUGCAGCGACACGAAACUUUGCAGUAGAUGGCUAUGUACCAAAACCACACUGAAGACUGUCAUCUUGGUCGGAGAACACGGAUUCCAGCAGAGCGUCAAUUUUGUAGCUCAUGACGUGUAACUUAACUAUAGCCUUUUUACUCGAAGUCCCAAUGGCUCCUGAUUUUUUGUUCAGGGAUGAUUUGUUCAUUGAUGAGCUCCUCGGUUACUUACGGAGACCAUUGUUUCACCGGUUGAAUAAACAUCCUUCUGUA